AAAUCAUAGCUUCAGAACUUAUCAUUUCAUCGAAGUGCAAUCUCCUUCUUCUCUCGAAAAAACUUUCCCCUCUUCAAUUUUAUUUUUUCAGAGUUUCUGUAAAAUUUGUUAGCGAUGGCCGGUAGAGGAAAAUCAAUUGGUUCUGGUGCAGCAAAGAAAGCAACAUCUCGAAGUAGUAAAGCCGGUCUUCAAUUCCCGGUUGGAAGAAUCGCUAGGUUCUUGAAAGCCGGAAAGUAUGCUGAACGUGUCGGUGCCGGUGCUCCUGUUUAUCUCGCCGCUGUUCUUGAAUACCUUGCUGCUGAGGUUUUGGAAUUGGCCGGAAACGCUGCAAGAGAUAACAAGAAGACAAGAAUUGUUCCAAGGCAUAUUCAAUUAGCAGUUAGAAACGAUGAAGAGUUGAGCAAGUUGCUUGGUGCUGUUACAAUCGCUAAUGGUGGAGUUAUGCCUAAUAUUCACAACCUGUUGUUGCCAAAGAAGACUGGUACCUCUAAGUCGGUUGCCGCUGAUGAAGACUAGUUUCGUUAAUUCUUUUGGUGUUCCUUGUUCUAUCUUCUCCUCUAUACUCUUUUAUCUUCCUAUUGUAGUCAGUUUGCAGAUUUAGGGUUUCGUUUUUGCCUUUUAGUUUGAUCUUCUGUUCUUUUUACUCGAUGUAGAUUUCUGGAUCUAUCUUUUAAUGUGAAUUAAAAAAGUUUGUUUCUUCAA